GAGUCGCAUUGUGUUUUCUGACGCUUUCAAUAAUUGUUAAUCUAAUAAAAUUAUAGAUGCACCUCCCGCUCCCUCCCCAUUGUUUUAGAUUUCAAUUUUUGGAGCCCUAGCUACUCAGUAGCUACCCACCAGAUCCGAGCAACGAUGAAGCUCGUAAGAUUCUUGAUGAAGUUAAAUAACGAAACUGUCUCAAUUGAACUCAAGAACGGCACUGUCGUUCAUGGAACCAUUACAGGAGUUGAUGUCAGCAUGAAUACACAUUUGAAGACUGUUAAACUCAUACCAAAAGGAAAGAACCCAAUUACGCUUGACCAUUUGAGCGUUAGGGGAAAUACAAUUCGCUACUAUAUUCUUCCUGACAGCUUAAAUCUUGAAACUUUACUUGUUGAAGAGACCCCAAGAGUUAAGCCCAAAAAGCCAACUGCAGGGAGACCUUUGGGUCGUGGUCGGGGCAGAGGACGUGGUCGGGGCCGUGGACGUGGUCGUUAGCUUUUUUUUGGUUAUUUCCAAAUUCCAAUAUUUGGAACAUCUGGAAUCUACCUCCAUAUGCAAAAAAAAAAAAAAAAAAAAAAUUGUGUUGAGAGUCCGGGGUAUGUAAGAAAUGAAUAUUAAUGGCACUUUUCAACUGACUCUUUCAACUGCAUAUAUUCCAGAUUAACUCAAGUUCUCUCAUUAGGAAUGCUAGGUUUUUAGACGCCUCUGUGUAACGCAGUGAGUGUGGUUGUACCUAGCUUCUAAGAUGCAAGUGUAUGAACCAUUAAGCUUAAGUUUAAAUCCUUCUGAAAUAUGAGUCACUCUUUUGUAUGGGAAAAA